AUGUCCGACAAACCUUUGCCGCCGCCGCAGCCCCUCAACCAGUCUCUUCCGCCUCUCCCUCCCCUUCAGACGAAAGAGCUCCCCAAGAUGCAUAUAGCCCGCCGCCCAGUCGCCGCAACGAAGCCUGUCGCACCUCCCAAGCCCCAGCCAGAGGAACACUCGCCCACUGGAUCUAUCGGAAGUCUGCUGUCGGCGUACUCGAGGAGUUCAGGAGAGUCCCUCAUGGCCAAGUCACCAUCAACCCAGCGAGACUCGGCCCCGAUGUUUCCCUCUGACCAUGAGGGGACAACAAAAGAGUCAAAAGUCUUGACGCCCACCUCAGUGUCAUCCGUCGACAAUGAGGCUUCCUACUCCCGCCUCGGCGCACCAAACCUCACACACAACAAAGGCCUGCCGCCGUCUCCUGCCUAUGCCCGCGAGCAGGGCCCUCCUCCGCCGGCAAAGGCAGCGGCUGGCGGUGGUGACAGCCCAACCAGCUUCACAUCCACCUCGUCCCAGCAGCAAAGGCCUCUCUGGAGGAGGAGGUCUGUAAAAUCUGACCGCAAUAUAGAGGUGCCAGAUCUAAAACUGGCAGUAAGUCAUGGGUCGACUGCUGCUUCUACACCAAACACCGCGCAACCAUCGUCAACCGCGGCUCCUCCUCCCCCGGCGCAGCAACAACAACAGCAACAGCAACAAUUCCCCCCUCGCUCUACUUCCGGGCUCCCCGGCAGGAAUAUCCGGCCCAUCCAUCUCCAGAACCUGCCCUCCACGCAAGAACCGACAGAAGACAUGGGCCAGGAGGCGUCGCGCCUGCGCGAGAAGGUCUCGCACGUCCGCGGGCAGAACCAAACCAACGGCGCAAACGUCGGAGCCUCACACAGCGACACCGCGCUCUCGCCCUCCCAGCGGCUGCCGACGCCCGACUACGAAAAGGAAGACGUCAAGACGCCCGUCGUCGACACCGUCGUCUCGCCCAUCUCCCCAGCCUCGUCCCCGGAGCCCGCCGCCGCGGAGCAGAAGCAGCAGCAGCAGCAGCCGCAGCAGCCCAUCCCGCGCAAGGCAGUCACGACGGACCGCAACAACGUCCACAAUGCCAAAAGCCUCCCGCAGAUGCGCGUCGACCCGCCCACGACCAGCAGCGAGGCUCCCCCGACCAUCGCCAGAGACUUCGCCGUCAGUCCCAUCAGCCCGGAGGCGCAACAAGGCCAGUUCCCUGCUCGCAACUCGUCCAAUCAGCAGCAGCAGCAGCCACCGCAACAGCAGCAGAGGGGUCAAUGGCUUCCUGCAGCUCGGGAGCAUGCUGCGCAGGGUGGCGACAUGCGCCGGGACCAGCGACCGGGCCAGGAACCCGUCGAGUACCGCGAGAUGAAGCAGCAGCAAGACAUGCCCGCCGACCCGCGCGCGUCCUUCUUCCCCAUCACCACCCCGGAGCCGCCCAGCCCGUCUAUCGUGUACAGCGCCCGCCCCAUCAAGGAGAGCAUGCUCGACUGCUACGCCCGCCACCGCACUGUCGACCGCACCCGCAACCGCAACUACGCCCUCAGCUGCCAGACCUGCGGCAAGGCCGACACCGAGGACCGCUUCAAGUGCCAGUGGUGCUACGUGCGUAUGUGCGCGUCGUGUCUGACUGUGUUCAACCGCAACGGCAGAGACCUCCGCCAGCUCCUCGCCCACCUCGAGGGCAACCCGCAGAGCAGCGGCGACGUUGAUGGAGCCAACAACACCAACGAGGCAGCCACAUCCGAAGAGCACUUGACUGUGCAACAACAGCCUGCCGAAGGACAGCAGUAUCACCAUCAGCAGCAGCACCACCCUCAGAUGGUUGCAGCCUAA